AGAAUUUUCCACUUUCCGGCUUACAAUUUCCAUAUAUUUACAUUGGGAUGAGUUGCGAUGGUGGUUGAAGGCUCUCUCCUCAGCUUGGGAUCCCUGAGCUAGCAGAGAGGAAAGAAUUCAACAAGCCUUCUCAUGGCGGACAUGGUCGCAUCUCCUCUCCUGCGGAUGCUUUCUGACAGGCUAAGUUCUCUUAUUUACAACAGCUUGGCCGUUAAAAAUUUGCACUUGACUUUAGCAGAAAUCCAAACUUUGGUUCUUGAUGCAGAGAAUAGAUCGGAGGACGAUGAAGCCCUUCGACGCUGGCUUACUGAGGUCAAGGACGCUGCCUAUGAAGCCGACGAUGUUCUCGAUGAAUUCAUCAUCAACCUUUCAAGCUCCAAAUUUCGCAGCCUCUUUUCUCCCUACCAGUGGCUGCUCCGCUUCAAUCUUCAACGAAAGAUGAAGGACAUCGAAGGACGACUUGAUGCACUCUUGAAGAGGAGGAUGAAGUUUCAGAAGGCCGUUCCUUUAGUCAUCAAUAGGGACAUUAUCCCAUCAUUCGAGAGCAAUAUCAGUAUCAAGGUACCCCAUCGUGAAACUCGCUCUUUUAUAUCUGAGUCAGAAGUUUUUGGUAGAAAGGAGGACAAAAACAUUUUGAUGGAUCUGUUGCUAAGUGAUUCUGGUCUUAAAUUUAAGAUCAUACCUGUUGUGGGUAUGGGUGGACUUGGUAAGACGACUCUUGCUCAGUUAAUCUACAAUGAUGAAGAGGUCCGUUAUAUGUUUGAUAAAAGAUAUUGGGUCUGUGUAAGCCAGAAUUUUGACGUGAGAAUGAUUGGGAAAGCUCUUGUAGAAACAAAAACAGAAGCAUCUCGGUUCCUUAUGAACACAGAGGAAACCGUAGAUACCAUUGUUAGAGAUGAAUUGAACGGCAUAAGGUUUUUGAUUGUUUUAGAUGACGUUUGGAAUGAAGAUCAAGAGAAGUGGAAUGUGUUGCAAAGGUGGUUUAGCAUGGGAGCUCGCGGAUCUGCUGUUUUAGUGACUACUAGAAGUGCAAAUGUAGCCGCUUUAAUGGGAACUGUCGACCCCCACCCCCUGAAACCACUGUCAGAUGAUGAUGGCUGGUUACUUUUCAAGAACGUGGCGUUUAGCUACAAAGAUGAAGAGAACAUUAUUAGCAGGCUUGUCGAAAUUGGCAAGAGGCUUGUUGCCAGAUGCAAUGGAUUGCCUCUCGCUAUUAAGACUCUUGCUGGCUUGAUGCGAUUUAAAAGAGAAGAAAGUGAAUGGCUACAAAUCAAGGAUGAUGAUAUAUGGAAUUUGCCAGAAUUUGAAUCUUCUGUUUUACCAGCCUUGAGACUGAGCUAUAAUCAUCUACCAUCUCAUCUGAAGCAAUGUUUUGCAUACUGUUCAAUAUUUCCCCAAGGUGUUACAAUUGGCAAGGAGCGACUGAUCCAAUUGUGGAUUGCUGAAGGUUUCAUUCAAUCAAGUGAAGGAAGUAGAAGCCUGGAGGACAUUGGAAAUGAUUACUUCAUGGAACUGUUUCGUCGCUCGUUCUUUGUGGAAGUAUGGAGAGAUGAAUAUGAUGAGAUAGUGGAGUGCCAGAUGCAUUAUCUGAUUCAUGAUCUUGCAAGAUUUGUAGCGAGUAUUGGGUGUUCAAUUAUGGAAGGUAACACAUUGCAUAAUGUCCCUGAAGAAGUUCGUCAUUCAUCUUUGGUUUAUGAUUCAUAUCAGCAACCAACAACUUUUGAAUCACUGCAGAAAGCAAAGAAGCUCCGAACAUUGCUUUUGUUCUCUAGCAAUCUUGAGAAGAUACCAGGACUCUUCUUGAAGUUAAGGUCCUUACGAGCCUUAGACUUGAGUGGAAGUGGCAUUCAGAAGUUGUCCAGAUCAGUUGGUAAACUCACACAUUUGCGCUACCUCAACCUCUCACGUACUUAUAUUGAAACAUUACCUGACUCCAUCAGUAAACUUCAGAGCUUGAAUACACUGGAGCUCAUUGAAUGCUACAAUCUCCAGGAGUUACCAAAUUCCAUAUGUGAGUUAAGUAACCUUAGACAUUUGGACAUUCAAUCAUGUUGUUCAUUGUCUCAUAUGCCAGCAAGGAUUGGGAAACUAAGGCUUCUCCAAAAAUUGCCAUUGUUCAUUUUGAGCAACAUCGACGGUUGUGGUUAUAUCAGUGAGCUCGAAGAGCUAGAUCUCAGAGGCAAAUUGGAGAUUAAGAAUCUUGAGUUCGUGGACAAUGUGACUGAUGCUGAAAAUGCCAAAUUGCUUAAUAAGCUAAAUCUUCGCACAUUGAAGUUAUCAUGGAGUCAAGAUACUGAUGUAAGUGCUGAAAUGUCAUUUGAAGUAUUGGAAAAGCUAAUGCCACCCCAGGAGUUGAAAGUUCUGCAUAUAAUAGAUUACAGAGGCACCUCAUAUCCAUCAUGGAUGAGUAAUUCUCUCCUCCAAAAUGUUGCAGAAGUUUAUUUAGUUAACUGCAGCUGUGAGAAACUUCCUCCACUAGGGCAGCUACCCAACCUCAAGUACCUCUAUAUAAAAGGAAUGUUGGCUGUGGAGACAAUAGAUAAUGAGUUUUAUGGAGGAGAUGGAACCAUCAAAGGAUUUCCAUCUUUGAGACAACUUGAGCUUUACGAUAUGCCAAACUUAAAGGAGUGGUGGAAUUUCAAAUCGGAUGAGCCAUUGAGUUUGAUCAAAACUGAAGAAUCAUCAUCUUCCAAAAAAAUAGAAGAAUUCAUUUGCCUCGAAUUUCUAACAAUUAAGGGAUGCAGUAAUUUGACCAGAUUGCCAGAACUUCCAAACUUGAAAAGUUUAGCACUAUGGAACUGCAAUGAAGAGCUAUUACUGUCACUGGACCAGCUAGCAUCACUGUCCACACUUGUGAUCAAUGAAUUUCGGAAGCCACUGCAUCUGCCUCCAGGAAACUUAAGCUUCUUAAGGGAGAUGACAAUAUACGAUUGUGAUGACCUGCUUGCUCAGUUGGUGGAUGGAAUGAAACAUUUGUCUUCUCUAGAGCAUUUGAGAAUUCUGUACUGUGAUGCAUUGAAAUCAUUGCCAGCAGGCCUUAGACAUCUCACUUCCCUGCAUAAGUUAGAGAUAGCAGAGUGUAGGGAAUUGGCUUAUGUGCCAGAUGUUCUGGACAAGCUUUCUUCUCUUGAAGAGUUCAUUAUUGAUGGGUGUCCAAUGUUGAAAUCAUUGCCAGAUAGUAUCCGUUCCCUAACCAGGCUUGAAAAGCUGGUGAUUCGAAGAUGCCCUGAUUUAAUUAAGCAACUACACGAAGAGGGCAGCGAAGAGUGGUCCAAGACAGCACAUAUCCCGCGCAUUGAGAAAGAAAUUGAAGAAUAUCUUACUGAAGAAGACAGCCAUAGUGAACUUCAUUACUGAAGAAAUGCACUCUCAAUCAAAUUCCAAAUGUUUUCCCUACAGUAUUUGUGCCUAAAUGCAUAAUAGUCAUGGUGACUGGGUCGUGACUUAUGAUUUAUUCUGAAAAGCUUGAAGAAUGGUAUGAAAUGCAAAUGUUUGAAUUCGAUUCCACCAAGCAUAGAAGCGUGAUGAGCUGAGCCGAGCUUGAGCUUUGAAGAUUUCAGCAGCCCAUGCUUAUUCAUGGGAGAUUCUCAGCUUGAUGGAAGAGGUAGAGGUGGGCUUGGAGGGGGCGAUGCCUCCAAGUAUCGCUUGGUUCUUUAUGAACGGUUGCUCUAACAACCUUUCAAAAUUGUUCGGGCCAUUUAGCUUGAAAUUGGAUCGAGUACUAGCAUUCCGAGAUGGUCCGGCGAUCUGAAGGACGGGACCACCGGUGGUGAAUCUCUCUUAAACAGUACAUGCUGGUGGUCAUACGUGGACUUUCCUAUUCGUAGAUAAGUAUUGUGGAGCCUUCAAAUCUCUAAUCUCUUUCUACUUUGUUCUGAGUGGACUGAAUUAAUGGAAGUUUUAGUAAAAUGAAAUAGAAUGAAACUUUUGUGGAAUAAAUAUGUUUUAAUUUUUUUAACGUGCGACUGUAUUCAUUGAGAUUAUUUAAAUAUCACUUUUGGCUGUGUCAUCUCUAAUGAACACACAGCAUUUAUCUGCGGCAUUUCAAUAUAUAUUAUAUACUAAAGAUGAAAACAAUGAAACUAUGAUUUUUGGAUUC